UUCUUAUUUGUUCACGUCGUGUUCAUGGUCGUGUCUAAAAUUGCUACCCUGGAUUUGAGACCCCACAAUCCGUGUUCUUUUUUGAGCUUCCUAUGGAGAGGAGAGGGAAGGUCCAAGUACAAGCCAAGAUUGGCUGCAAUUCAAAAUAAGCCACUUCAGUUUUCUUAAACCUUUUAAAGAAGUGAGAGUUUUGUACAUGUAAGGUAAGGUUUUUGGCAUUUGGGUUCUUUCCUGUAAACGUUUUGAUGAUACGCGUAUUGUUACAUUUGCUAUAGUAGGGAUUUUAUCAGUCUAUGGAUGAAGUCAUAGAUUAAUUUUACUUUGAAUUUAGCCAUCUGGGUAUUUCUCACAACUUGUUUGAUGUGGGUUUUGCGAUUGAAGUAAUUUGGUGUCGAUUGUUUUGGAAGUGAAAAUCUAUUCUGCGAUCAGGGUUUUGGUUAGAAGGAUGUUCGGUGAUCUGGGUUUAGCUCAAAAACCAGAACAGCGAUCAGUUUUUUUUUUUUCUUUUUGCUUGAACUUAGCUGGUGAAGGUUGUUUGACUACAAGGAGGUUACGGUAUUCUGAAGAAUAAACGUUUGGUGAUAUCAGGCUUUUAGUUGAUGAAGUUUGGUGAUUUGAAUAUUUAUUAAUUUUGGAAAUUUGUUUCAAUUGAAAUUGAUAAGUGAGUUAUCUUCGAAAUUUUGUUUCUGCACUGGAAUUGAUAAAAUUUUGGCAUGUGAAUUUUAUGACUUGAAAGUUGGAAACUUUGGAAUGGCGACUGCAUCUCCACCCCCAAAUUCAUCCACUUCUGCUCUUCCACCAGGUUCAACCACUCCACUACCGCCAUCCACCUCUAAUUCGCAACCACCCUUCACCACCAGUCCGCCACCACAAUCUUCCUCUUCUCCACCGGACCCUCCUACGAUUUCUCCCCCUUCACAGCCCAAUGCCAAUCCAACAGACCUCUCUGCCCCUUCAAGUCUAUCCCCACCUCCUCAGUCCCCUCCUUCUGCUGUUGUUGCAACGCCUCCACCUUCUACACCAUCAACCUCACCACCUCCAACUUCACCUCCUCCACCUUCACUCAAUGCUGAUCCUCCAACCUCCAAUUCUCCACCACCGCCUUCACAAGCAGCCAGUCCACCCAUAAGUUCACCUCCUCCCUCACCACCAUCUAAUUCAACUUCACCACCACCAACCCCCAAUCCACCUACAAGUUCUUCACCACCACCAACAACAACCCCACCAGCUAAUUCGCCUCCACCAACAUCACCAAAUCCACCUCUACCAUCAUCAAAGCCACCUGAAAAUUCGCCACCGCCUACCAAUUCACCCCCACCACCACCUGUAUCUGUGACACCUCCCAAAAGUUCACCUCCACCAGCAAAUUCAGUGCCUCCACCAGCAUCAACCCCUCCCAAAAGUUCACCUCGUCCUGCAAACUCACCUCCACCAGCAUCAACAGCACCCUCGAAUUCACCUCCUCCACCAGAAUCAAUAGCCCCUACUCCCAGUAAUGUACCCUCACCUCCCAGGCAAACUCCAAAUUCGCCUCCUUCUCAACAAGCACCUUCACCAUUAAAUUCUACUAGAGUAUCACCCCCAUCACCAGUGAUAAGAUUGGGUCCGCCUCCACCCUCAUUCAAUUCUCCACCAUCAUCUGACAACAAUACCAUUCCUAGUGCAUCAAGAAGUUCAAACUCAACAGAUUUUGGAGGCAUUGGUACUGUAGGUGUAGUGGCUAUUGGUGUAGCAGUAGGUAUCAUAAUGCUCAGCCUUGUUGGGUUGGCUGUCUGGUGCUUGAGGAAGCGGAGGAAAGAUGCACUUAGACACAAUGGCAGUUAUGUUAUGCCAUCUUCUUUGGGCUUUUCUCCAAGAUCAGAUUCAAAUUUCACCAAGACACAAUCUGCAGCUCCCCUAAUGGAAAGUGGUUCUAGUAAUGAUGUUUUUGUUUAUUCACCAAGUGAUCCUGGUGGAUUAGGCAAUUCAAGGUCAUGGUUUACAUAUGAAGAACUACUCAAGGCGACAAAUGGAUUUUCAUCCCAAAAUCUUUUGGGGGAGGGUGGAUUUGGUUCUGUAUAUAAAGGCUGCCUACCUGAUGGGAGGGAGGUGGCAGUAAAACAGCUUAAAGUUGGUGGAGGACAGGGUGAACGAGAAUUCAAGGCAGAAGUUGAGAUUAUUAGUAGAAUACACCAUCGCCAUUUGGUUUCACUUGUGGGUCAUUGCAUCUCUGACAACCGAAGAUUGCUUGUAUAUGACUAUGUACCUAACAACACUCUUCAUUUCCAUCUUCAUGAGGAAGGUAGGCCAGUUCUGGAUUGGGCAACACGUGUUAAGAUUGCUGUUGGUGCAGCUCGUGGAAUAGCUUAUCUCCAUGAAGACUGUCAUCCUCGGGUUAUUCACAGGGAUAUUAAAUCAUCAAACAUUCUUUUGGAUAACAAUUUUGAAGCUAAGGUUUCAGACUUUGGGCUUGCCAAGUUAGCUUUUGAUGCAAAUACACAUGUUACCACACGUGUUAUGGGGACUUUUGGAUACAUGGCCCCUGAAUAUGCUUCAAGUGGCAAAUUAACUGAGAAAUCUGAUGUAUUCUCAUAUGGAGUGGUGCUUUUGGAGCUAAUCACUGGACGGAAGCCCGUGGAUGCAUCCCAACCCUUGGGAGAUGAGAGUCUUGUUGAAUGGGCUCGGCCUUUGCUUGGCCAUGCACUAGCCAAUGAGGAAUUUGAUGGUUGGGUUGAUCCAAGGCUUGAAAAGAACUAUGAUGAAAGUGAAAUGUUUAGAAUGAUUGAGGCUGCUGCAGCCUGUGUGUGGCAUUCAGCUGCCAGGAGGCCACGGAUGGGACAGGUUGUUAGAGCAUUCAAUAGUUUAGCCACUGCAGAUCUAAGCAAUGGAAUGAGAGUUGGGGAAAGUGAGGCAUUCAACACAGCAGAACAGUCUGCAGAAAUAAGAUUAUUUCGGAGGAUGGCAUUUGGUAGUCAAAAUUACAGUACAGAUUUUUUUAUCCAAGGUAGCGUGGAUAGUUGAGAGGACAUGGUGAAUAUUAGCAGAGAUGAAUGCCUAUAUUGACAGUGGGGUUUUUCCAGUUGAGAAAGAGCCCUAUGCAAGUUCAAGCAGAUUUGAUUGGGAAGGGCCUUAUCUACAGAUGUACGGGGAUGUGUAUAUAAGGAAUUGACUGCAUCUGGCAUGGCGAUUGGUUAUUAGGUUAUUUUUAGCUUUUGCAUAUGAAAGAUCUGCGAUUCUUUUUUCUUGGAACAAGCUCAUGCUAAUUUUGUUCCUACGAAAUUUGUUAGCGUUAAUAAAAUAAUGAUUCAAUUUUGUUUGUUU